AAAAUAUUUAAUAUAUUGUAACCUAAAUGAUAAAAUAGGAUUAGAAAAGUAAACAAUAUUGUAAACGGAUGAUGAUCAAGAACUGUGUGCUUUUUCGUUUUAAAACAAGCCUAAAGCAGUCGUUACGGUCCUUAGUUAGCACAGUUGAGAAGAUUGAAAAUGCGGUUCUGGAUAAGUCCCCUCUCAGUGUGUACAUGAGAAAAGUCCAGGAAGGAAAAUUGAAUGAAGAUGCACACCAGAAGAAAAUUGUACUUGCUCUAGAUGAACUGAACACUGAGGUCAGGGACUACAAGCCUCCAGCGCAGGGAACCAACCUACGGCAAAUGAUUUUUGGUCAUAAGAAAGUUGAUGUGCCAAAAGGCUUGUACCUGUAUGGAAGUGUGGGCUGCGGUAAGACCAUGUUGAUGGACUUGUUCCAUGACCAAUGUCCAGUAGACAGAAAGAAGCGGGUCCAUUUCCACAAGUUCAUGCUGGAUGUGCAUCAAAGGAUACAUGCUUGGAAGCAGUCGCUGCCUCGCAACCGUGAUGUGAAGAAACUACAUUCGUACGACCCGAUACCCCCAGUGGCCGACAGCAUCAGUGAUGAGGCCUGGCUUCUGUGCUUUGAUGAGUUUCAGGUAACAGAUAUUGCUGAUGCCAUGAUCCUAAGGCGUCUCUUCACGGAGCUGUUCAACAAUGGGGUGGUCGUUGUUGCUACCUCAAACAGAGCACCGGACGAUUUAUACAAGAAUGGCCUUCAGAGAAUGAAUUUUGUUCCAUUCAUUGAUAUACUUAAGAAACAGAGUGAUGUUCUUUGCCUGGACUCUAAGAUAGAUUACAGGAUGACAAAACUUCCAAGAGAAGGCUGCAUAUAUUUCCUUACAAGCGACCCUAAUUGUACAGAAAAAGUUGACGAGGUGUUUGAGGAAUUAAUAGCAGACGAAAAUGAUGUUAUUCAUUCCAAAACUCUGGAAGUGUUGGGCCGUAGUGUUCGCCUGCCCAAAACAUGUGGGAGAGUUCUGGAUGCAACAUUUGACAGUCUCUGUGCUCAGCCUGUAGGGGCCGUGGAUUAUCUAGAGAUCAGCCGUCACUUUGAUGCGGUGAUAGUGCGUGAUAUACCCAAGAUGACCUUGAGACAGAAAUCUGAAGCAAAGCGGUUUAUUUUGUUAGUGGAUACGUUAUACGAUAACAAGGUUCGCCUUGUAUGCUCGGCUGCUGAAAGUCCCAGUCGGUUAUUCACGCGAGGAAAGGAGACAUUGAGACAGGAAGACAGUAACAGAAUCCUCAUGGACGACCUGGGAAUGAAAGCUAGCUCAGACGAUUCCAACACGAGUAUAUUUACGGGGGAGGAAGAGCUCUUCGCAUUUGAGAGAACGAUUUCUAGGCUUUCUGAAAUGCAGACAGAGUCAUAUUGGAACAGCAGAGCACAGCUUGGCAAUUCCUGAUGAUGGUUGAAAUUUAGGCCACUUAGAUAUGAACACUGAUACCUUCUCAGUCCUGAUAUUAGGACUGACUUGUUAUAUUUAAAGUGAUUUUUAGUUUGUUGUUUUUUUUAAAUCAUCAAAGAUGUUAUAAAUGAUCUUAAAUAUUUUUAUAUUGGAAAUAUCAGUUAUUUAUGAAUAUAUAAUAUUUGAUUUUGGACAAAAUAAAUGUUUUAACACUGUUUGGGAAUUUAGAUAUGUUUGUAUGUAAAAAGGCUUGUUCAUAGAGUAGCAUAGUUUAGAAAAAUAUUAUUUAAUGGAUUUAAUAACUAAACAUUUAAUUUGGAAAAAUGUUAAAUAAUUAUAAUACAAAGAAGACAAUUCAUUACAAAUAUUCUCUUUACUGAAUAACAGAGCAGAAAUUUUACUGUGCGACCACUGGGCCAUUUGGCUUUCAAACUUAAAAUAAUUUCAAGCAUAUGUUUGUAAUACAUGUAUUUUCAGAUUCAACCCAUUAAAAGUGUUGGUAAAUCUUUAAUUUAUUUUCAAUUUAGAUUACUUACUGUAUAUAAAUGAAAGGACAUUGUCAGAUGUGUGUAGAUAGCAUUCAUAAAGACCUAAUUUGUGAUUGCAUUUUGGGCCUGUUUGGUCAUGAUCAAGGUCACUGUGAAUAAAAAUAGAAAAGAACAUUCAGGUGGUUUUCAGUGAAUAACUUUAGCCUUCGCUCAAUAACUGUAGAUGCGAUGGAAGUAUUGAAUCGAAAUUCGGUGUGUAGGCACUAACAUGAAUACGCAGCUUGUGAUUGGACUGUUAUUUGAAUGAAUUUAUCCGCACGAUGUUGAAACCUUGUUUUGUGGCAAUGCUUUGUUCAUUGUUUACAUCUUUAAAAUUAUAAAUAACAUUUUGCAAAUAGGCUGUGUCCACAAAAUAGGAUCACUUACAUGUAAGUCUUUUUUUUAGCUUUCAAGUAUGAAGUGUUAACACCUAAGAGACACUUCACCAUUUCCCUUUUUCGGGUUUUGCAGUAGUUAUCGUCCUUUGGAAAUUUUGCCUGUAAAACGUAAGUUCGGGCUGUUUUUUGUCAUCUUUGAUGCGAUUUUUAGAGUUAUUGCAGUACAUUGAGCAGACGUUUUAGUCGACAAUGUGGACCUGAUACUCAUGAACUCAGUGUAAUGUACAGACUUGAUUCUACUAGGUUUUAUUAACCAGGUUUUCCGAAGGAUAAAGGCUGGCUGGCGGGCGGGCGGAACAAGCUUGUCCGGGCCAUAACUAUGUCGUUCAGUGUCAGAUUUUAAAUCAUUUGGCACAUAUGUUCACCAUUAUUGAACGGUGUGUCACGCGAAAGAAUUACGUCAAUAUCUCCAAGGUCAAGGUCACACUUUGAGUUCAAAGGUCAAAAAUGGCCAUAAAUGAGCUUGUCCGGGCCAUAACUAUGUCAUUCAUUGUCAGAUUUAAAAAUCAUUUGGCACAUUUGUUCACCAUCAUUGGGCGGUGUGUCGCGCGAAAGAAUUACGUCGAUAUCUCCAAGGUCAAGGUCACACUUUGAGUUCAAAGGUCAAAAAUGACCAUAAAUGAGCUUGUCCUGGCCAUAACUAUGUCAUUCAUUGUCAGAUUUUAAAAUCAUUUGGCACAUUUGUUCACCAUCAUUGUACGAUGUGUCGCCUGAAAGAAUUACGUCGAUAUCUUGAAGGUCAAGGUCACACUUUGAGUUCAAAGGUCAAAAAUGGCCAUAAAUGAGCUUGUCCUGACCAUAACUAUGUCAUUCAUUGUCAGAUUUUAAAAUCAUUUCGCACAUUUGUUCACCAUCAUUGUACGGUGUGUCGCACGAAAGAAUAUUUACGUAGAUAUCUCCAAGGUCAAGUUCGCCACGACUAAAAAUAGAUUGAUUUUGAAACAAGGGGGUAAUUGUGAUGAACAAUCAGUAGCAAUGCACAUUUUGAGUUGCAGUUGUCUCCCUUUAUCAGACUUUUUUUUUUUAUUGAAAACCUGGUUUUGUGACCAUUUUGUCCCUUGUUAGUGCAAGUGUUUUACGAAUUUCAUGUCAAGGUAACCGUUUUUUAUAAGUACCGGGUAUAUUCUAUAUGUCAAUAAUACCACACUCCGGAUUUUUAUCGUAAUGGUAUUUUACAACAUUCAUGUGUAAAGGUUAGUGGCAGGUUAGUUUUGAUGAGCUUUGUCAGUUUUUAUGCCCCAGGUAGGGUGGCAUAUAGCACUUGAACUGUCCCGUCUGUCCGUAACUCUAACAUUGGCCAUAACUUUUGCAAUAUUUAAGAUAGAAACUUGAUAUUUGGUUUGCAUGUGUAUCUCAUGGAGCUGCACAUUUUUAGUGGUGAAAGGGAAAGGUCAUCCUUCAAGGUCAAAUAUAUGGCUUCAAAGCGGUGCAAUAGGGGGCAUUGUGUUUCUGACAAACACAUCUCUUGUUGUAUGUUGUUGUUGUUGUUUUUGAAAACAUGCUUUUUUUCUUAAUGUGUAAUGUUAUUGAAAUCAUUUUCUGUCUUUGCUGUUUGUGUUGUUCAAGGCAGCUUAAUCUAUCUAUGCAAUUUACAUAAACAAAGUUUUAGUGAUGUGAUUUCCCACCGCCCUUGGUUUUUAUUAUAAUAUCAGGUUUUUAUUGCAUUUCUGUACUCAUUUUGUGAUAUUAUUUUACUGGAAGUUUGUCCCUUUUAUUGAAAUGUUGUUUUUAGCUGACAUUUUACACAUUUAUGAGGUUAUUUAGAAUUGGUUGUUACGGUCUUCAAAAUGCUCAACACAUUUUUUUUGUUAUUUACCUAAUGCAAUCCCAGUUUAAAGAAGGUAUUAUUUUUUCAGUCAUUUAAGUGAAACUUAUUACCAUUAUAAAUGGUUAAAAAAUACAAUAAUGAUUGUAUUCACCAACUUUUUUAAACACUUAUGCACUAACUUUUAAAAGAUUGGGGUAAAUAUGGAUUCUUAAACAUAAACACUGUUAACAAUCUGUUGGUCAAUUAUCCCUUUCUUCAAAGAACAUGCUCACGUUAUUUGUCCAAAUUAUGUAUCUACCGGGUUCACAAUGGAAGUUUGAUGUCAAAAGGAAUGGUCACUUAUUCAACUUAAAGAAAGCGCUCGUUAACCACCUAUAUUAGCUGCGCUCUGGAAAAGCAGUGCGUGUGCAGAAGGUGUCGUACCUAAUUUACCUGCUCCUAUAUAGAAUUUUUUGUUUAAAGGAAGUCUCUGUUUAACGAAUCCAGUCUGGGCGGAAAGCGUCUUCCUUGAUUAGCCUUUGCUGACUAUACCGGUUAAUCUGCGACAACACUUCACUUUAUGCAAAUGCAGUAAGCACCAUCUUCUCAGUGCGCAGCUCAAAUGUAUUGACCCUUUGCAAAUCCUUGUCAGAAAAUUCCUUCUCAUUAUUGAAGGUUGAGUUAGAUUUAAGAAAUUUUCUUAACUCUUCAUCAUUCACUUUUAUUACCAAGUCCUCAUCAAAUUUGGUCCGAACAUGUUCCCAUAUGUUUUAUAUGCACAGUUUAAAACAAGGUUAUGUUGCAUUAAAACCCAGUCACUAGUUAACUUUAAUUUAAAUAUUAUUUUCAAAUGCUUCACAACAUAAACACGGGUGGUCGUCAUUUAGGCCCAAAGUCCCCCAACACUAUAGUGGGGAACAUAUUGUUUUUGCCCUGUCGGUUUGUUGGUUUGUUUGUUUGUUUGUUUGCUCCAUAUUUAACAUUUUGCCAUAACUUUUGCAAUAUUGAAGAUAGCAACUUCAAGGUAAAAUGUCAAAUAUAUAGCUUCAUAGCGGCGCAGAAGGGGACAUAGUGUUUCUGACAAACACAUAUCUUGUUGUUGUUGAGUUUAGUGAUUAGCGCUAAAUCUUAAGAGUUUUGUAUGAAACAGUUACAUUUUAACUUAUUUGCACAUUUUGUAUUUUAUUAUUUAUUGUGUGAGUACAACAAUCUCUUCCUCUAAUUGUAUUGCGUAUGUCAAUUUCCAUACAUACAAUUUUUCUGUAGAUAUGUGUGACUCUAGCAUGUUUUGAGCAUGUUAUUGCUUUUUAUUGUAUUGGUGCUCUUUAUCAGGUUGAUCAACAUAUGGAAGUUAAUUGUUCAGGUGUUCUGGUUGACGAUUUAAUGCACAGGUUGAUAUUUUAGUGAAGAAAUACUGUUAUCAUCUUUAUUUAACAAAGACUUUAUCCAGUGUGAUGCGUUUGCAUUGACUUGUUAAGCAUGUUUCUGAAUACUGUUAUUUGUUACCAAGACAGCAGUCUAUCAAUGAAAAAGAUUUAUUCAGUAUAUAGUGUUGUAUCUUUAGUGAAACUGUUUAUGAUAUAUUUUAGGAAAGGUUUUC